UUUGUGUUGUUGCGGUUUCUUUUUCUUUCCCCUCGACCGCCCUUUUGACCUUUGCCAACGCCUCGUCGCACGUACGCAGGAAAGAGGGCGGGGCCUCCGAAGCUCCCGCCAGCGAUUCCCUCUCGGUCGUCAGUGUGGCCAUGGCGUCGGCGCCGCUCUUGGCGCUUCUCGUGACGGGUUUCGCGAUGGUGCCGACGCGCCAGCAGACCGAGGAAAGCUUCCCGGACCAAAGUGAAAUGGCGGGCAAGCAAAGCGAGCGUCUGCCGGAAAACGAGCCCAAGCGAGAGCGCGAGGAAAAUGUCGUCAGCGAAGAUGACGAAAAGUUUCAGGAAGCGGAGUACUGGGACCGGCGUCACGUGCUUUGUCAAGCGGAAGCCUUGGCCGUGAUGAGCGUCGCCGUUUGCGCUUCCGCUUUUGAGCAGGAGAUGGCGACGAUGGAGGCGGACGCGCGCUGCGUCGUCGACAACAUCAUCAGGCCGUACAACGAGUUGAGGGUGUGCCUGGAGAACCUGUCGCACUGGUACGGAUGCUUCUACCCCAACGGCGCCGUCCACGCCGCCUUCCUCCGCGUCCACUCCGCCUUCUUCAGCCGCUGCGACGAGCGGGACCGAGAGCGCCACCCGGAGGACGCGCCCGCGGGGGCGGUGGCCGUCCUCACUCUGGCGCCCGUCGCCCUCAUCCCGCCGCUGGUCUACGCCGUCGUACGCCAAUAAAGGCAAAAAAAUGUCGGCAAUAAAA